AUGCUAUGCUCCCUUCCAACAACAACAAAGACAAAUGUCCCUUCUACAGAUCCUACACUGUCCCUUAGAAUUCAAGAUCUUACAGCCACCAUCCUAGGGGAAUAUGGGCUUGAAUUUAUCUAUGCGAGGCUUGUCGGGCGUAUCUCAAAGGUUGACCCAGAACCUGAACCUAUCCUCACUAUGCUUAUUGUGAUGCCGAAUCAGCCAAAUCCGGAUAUAUGGUACCGUGCUUUAUGUCAUAUUCAGCCAGAGCUAGCCAAGGAAAUUCCAGGGAUCUGUGUUGAGCUGAUCGAAGAGAAGCUAAAUCAGGGGAUCUACUGCUCCCCUGUGAAUAAGGGACACCCCAUCGUUCGCAAGUGGCCCUCGAUUGUAUACUUUAUUCUGUCACAUACUGAUUUCCACGAGUGGACUGCUUUGGAAUGUUGGAGAUACGGAACAGAUAUAGUGAGAGAAUUAAACCCUGUCACUGUGAUUGUCCAAGUCCGCAAAACUAGCACGACCGCAUUUAUCGCAGCGGCACGGCAUCUACAUGGGAUCCUCGCAGACUUUGAUUUGGCUGAUGUGGACGUCUUAUUUCAGAGAGACAGCAAUGUGCCACUUAUACAGAAUCCUACUCUAUAUAGAGAUGUUUGUGCGGGAGCGAUUCACCCCGGUGUUAGCCUCGGAAUCCAUCAAUGUUCCGCAAGAACUUCCACCCUUGGUGGUCUUGUGCAACUCCAGUUUUCCGGUAGAGCUGAAUGGCAUACCUACGGCCUGACAUGCUUCCAUGCUGUUUGGCCACCGACGAACCACCGCAACCCUGAGUGGUCCAACAUCCACGAUGCUUCUCAAGCCAUCGAAACCUGGGAGUUCUCUCCACUUGAUCCUCGAAUGCCCGAAUCAUUCCCUGAUGUUGCUCAACAGCUUCUAUGGGUUGAUCAUCCUUCACUACGAGAUUUGGACAACACCAUCAAGGCAAUGAAUGAUAGCAUUGCAAAAAUUAGGACACCACAGUUUCUGGAGUAUGAGAAAGAGAUAAAUAAGGGUGACGAUGGAUGGCUCCCAGAACCAGCCCAUGCCAACUACCGUGCAAUGGUCAGACACAUCCAGGACGUCGAGGAGUUCCGCAACCCCUUUAUUGCAAUGCGUAAUAGUGGCAGUUACCUUCUAGGCCAUGUUUACGCUGGAAGUGGUCUCAACAGAACCCGGGAGUUGAAAAGCACAGAUACAAACCAAGAACCUCGUCUGAUCUCGACUGACUGGGCUCUAAUUAAAAUCAAGCCCGAGCGGUUACAACCACAGCAACACGGAGACAGAAUUUCUGCCAACCAGCCUUUCCACUAUGGGUCUCCAGUGCCACUUCCACGGCAGUUUAUAUAUGAUCCAAGCUUUGGACCCUUCGGCGGCUUGGAACUUCAGAAAUGUGGACGCUCUACCGGGAUCACAACAGGAACAUACAGCUUGCUAGAUUGCGUCCGCUUCACUGAAGCUUUAGACGAGUACGGCAUUUCUCAAGUUAUUCCAACAUGGGAACAUAAGAUUGCUAGCGGUCUAGAUGGCCCCUUUUCCGAGAAGGGUGACUCCGGAUCGUGGAUAUAUACCAAAGGUGGUGUGCUUGUUGGGAUGCUAACAUCUGGCGACGAAAGAAAAGACACUGGGACAAUGACCUUGAUGUCUGACAUUUUCGAUGAUAUCAAGAGUAUCACCGGCGCCACCAAUGUGCGAAUAGCUCCUGCGCCGGACUACUGA